CGCGCCAAACUUGCGGAAGAAGCUAGAUGUAGCAGGCAAGCUCCAAAGUGAUCGCAGCUGCUACUGUCAUGGUUCGGCCUCUAAACUGCAUCGUCGCGGUGUCCCAGAACAUGGGCAUCGGCAAGAACGGGGACCUGCCCUGGCCCCCGCUCAGGAAUGAAUUCAAAUAUUUCCAAAGAAUGACCACAACCUCUUCAGUAGAAGGUAAACAGAAUCUGGUGAUUAUGGGUAGGAAAACUUGGUUCUCCAUUCCUGAGAAGAAUCGACCUUUAAAAGACAGAAUUAAUAUAGUUCUCAGUAGAGAACUCAAGGAACCUCCACAAGGAGCUCAUUUUCUUGCCCAAAGUUUGAAUGAUGCCUUAAAACUUAUUGAGGAGCCAGAAUUAGCAAAUAAAGUGGACAUGGUUUGGAUAGUAGGAGGCAGCUCUGUUUAUAAGGAAGCCAUGAAUCAGCCAGGCCAUCUUAAACUAUUUGUGACAAGGAUCAUGCAGGAAUUUGAAAGUGACACCUUUUUUCCAGAAAUUGAUUUGGAAAAAUACAAACUUCUCCCAGAAUUACAUCCCUUCUAGGAGCAGGGAGGGUGGCAGAUAACCGGCAUCAAAAGACAUGCUGCUUAGAGAACUGAAGCACUGUGGUAUGGGAGAUACCAAGAAGUCUGAGAAAUCCUCUCUGAAGAGUAACAUGUACAUGAAGAUCAAAAUGUCGACAAGAGAACCAUGCAGGAGCAGGAAGAGCAUUUCAGGAACUGGAAACAGCUAAGGCAGAGACUGAGGCAGGAAUGAGAUUGGCUGUCCUUAGAGCCUGGAGGCCACUGUGGGCAUUGUGAGCAAGAGGGAGGCCAACACUGGUCAGACCAAGUGCACAUUCAAGGAUCUCUGAAAAAAGAGGACAUUGCUAUAGCUGCUUUAUGGGGGAUGGGCUGAAGGAGGCAAGAGUGAGGAAGACCAAUUAGUUCCAGUUUAUGUGAAAGAUGUGAGGACUUAGAUUAAGGUAGUAGCCAUGACGUUAGAUGCAGAAAAGUGGUUAUACUUCUGACCCCAGCAUGAGGCUGCCUGAUUGUGAAACCACAAAAUAGCUAGUUUUAAAAGCACUUUUCAAUUGUUGGCUAGAAAGAGUAAAAAAAAAGAUUAAUUACAUCAAUACUUUUAGACCAGCUUUUAGCACAUUCUUCAGAUAUUCUCAGUUGUAACUAGUAAUUAUCCUUUUAGUGUUUGUUUUUGAAAUGCCCUCUAAAUUAACAUUAUGAGCUAAGUCUGAAUAAAUGGCUAGCCAAACUUUAGAAUAGUAGUCUAUUACUCUAAAAAAUAAUAGUCUUGAAUCAAAUGGAGUGACUGAUUUUCUUAGGCUCUUAAUUCUAAAGAAAACUGAAAUUUAUAAGAGCUCUAAGCAACUGGAGUAUAGACUUUGGCUUAGGUGCUAAAGGUCAGUACUUAGAAAAAUCACAUUCGACAAUUUCAUAUAUGUUUAUGUAAAAAUCACUUGUUAUAUUUUCUCUUUUCCUUAGAUUACUGAUUCUCACAUUACGUGAAUAUAGAUCUCAGCUUUUAUUUCUUAUCUCUCUCUGUGCUCCAAACAACAAGAAUAGACUACUGUGUGGAUCAGCUUCAUUUAAAUAUGUUGCCAAACCUCACUGCUCUCAAUUGCAACUCUUUCCAAAACUGUGACCCUUUAAGAUUCUUGCCAACUUAAAUACCAUUCUGGCUCUCUGACUUUUAGAAAAAAAAAAUUAACAACUUGCUGAAAGGGCAUUCUUACAACAUUCACCUGUUGAAAGUAUCUAAUUCAGUAAUGUUAGUUCCUUUACACAAUUGUGUGACCAUUGCCACAAUCUUAAGUGAUUAUAAAUGUGAGGGGUUUUUUCUGCACUCUCAAUUCUGUUCUGUUGAUCUUAUAUGUCUGUCUUUAUGCCAGCACUACACCAACUUGAUUGCUAACUUUUAAAACAGGAAGUUCCAGUCUUCCAACUUGUUCUUUUUCAAGUUUGCUUUUGCUAUUCUGGGUCCCUUGCAUUUCCAUACAAAUUUUCUGAUCAGUGUUGUUGUUUUCUGCCAGAAAACAAACUGGGAUUUUGACAGGCCUUGUAUAAAU